AUGGUAGCAAUGUGGAAAAACAGAAGCCAACUGGAAAAUGUUGUAGUGUUUGAUGGGAAUUACUGGGGCACUGGAACAAGCUUCAACUAUCAGCUUGCACAGCCAGCGUUAUCUGAAGGAAUCUCAGGGGAUUACCUGAUCCAAUUCGUCUGUGGGCAUGGCUGUGGAGCAUUUACUUCAUUGCUAAUUGAUGUUUGGCUACAAAAAUACGGCUACCUUCCACCAACUGAUCCCAGAAUGUCAGUGCUACGCUCUGCAGAGACCAUGCAGUCGGCUCUAGCUGCCAUGCAGCAGUUCUAUGGCAUUAAUAUGACAGGAAAAGUGGACAGGAACACAAUUGACUGGAUGAAGAAGCCUCGAUGUGGUGUACCAGACCAGACAAGAGGCAGCUCCAAAUUCAACAUUCGUCGGAAGCGCUACGCACUAACUGGCCAGAAGUGGCAACACAAACAUAUCACUUACAGUAUAAAGAACGUAACUCCAAAAGUUGGAGACCCUGAGACCAGGAGAGCAAUCCGCCGUGCCUUUGAUGUGUGGCAGAAUGUAACUCCACUAACAUUUGAAGAAGUUCCCUACAGUGAACUAGAAAAUGGCAAACGUGAUGUGGAUAUAACCAUCAUUUUUGCAUCUGGUUUUCAUGGAGACAGUUCCCCCUUUGAUGGGGAGGGAGGAUUUUUGGCACAUGCCUAUUUCCCUGGACCAGGAAUUGGAGGAGAUACUCAUUUUGAUUCUGAUGAGCCAUGGACACUGGGAAAUCCCAAUCAUGAUGGAAAUGAUUUAUUCCUUGUAGCAGUUCAUGAACUGGGGCAUGCUCUAGGACUGGAGCAUUCCAAUGACCCCACCGCUAUCAUGGCACCAUUUUACCAGUACAUGGAAACAGACAACUUCAAGCUCCCUAAUGAUGAUUUACAGGGCAUCCAGAAAAUAUAUGGUCCACCUGACAAGAUCCCUCCACCCACAAGACCUCUACCGACAGUGCCCCCUCACCGAUCCGUUCCUCCGGCUGACCCAAGGAAAAAUGACAGGCCAAAACCUCCCCGGCCUCCCACUGGCAGACCUUCCUAUCCAGGAGCCAAACCCAACAUCUGUGAUGGGAACUUCAACACUCUAGCUAUUCUUCGUCGGGAGAUGUUUGUUUUUAAGGACCAGUGGUUUUGGCGAGUGAGAAACAACAGGGUGAUGGAUGGAUACCCCAUGCAAAUUACUUACUUCUGGCGGGGCUUACCUCCCAGUAUUGAUGCAGUUUAUGAAAACAGUGAUGGAAAUUUUGUCUUUUUUAAAGGUAACAAAUACUGGGUGUUCAAGGAUACAACUCUUCAACCGGGUUACCCACAUGACUUGAUUACCCUUGGGAAUGGAAUUCCUCCUCAUGGUAUUGAUUCUGCCAUUUGGUGGGAAGACGUUGGCAAAACCUAUUUCUUCAAAGGCGACCGAUAUUGGAGAUAUAGUGAAGAAAUGAAAACCAUGGACCCUGGCUAUCCAAAGCCCAUCACCAUCUGGAAGGGGAUCCCUGAAUCACCUCAGGGAGCUUUUGUCCACAAAGAAAAUGGCUUUACCUAUUUCUACAAAGGAAAGGAAUAUUGGAAAUUCAACAACCAGAUACUCAAAGUAGAACCUGGGUAUCCAAGAUCCAUCCUCAAGGAUUUUAUGGGCUGUGAUGGACCAACAGACCGAGAUAAAGAAGGACUCAGCCCACCAGAUGAUGUAGACAUUGUCAUCAAACUGGACAACACAGCCAGCACUGUGAAAGCCAUAGCUAUUGUCAUUCCCUGCAUCUUGGCCUUAUGCCUCCUUGUACUGGUUUACACUGUGUUCCAGUUCAAGAGGAAAGGAACACCCCGCCACAUACUGUACUGUAAACGCUCUAUGCAAGAGUGGGUGUGAUGUAGGGAUUUCUUUUUUCUUUCUUUUCCAGGAGUUUGUGGUACCUUGAGAUUCAAGACAAGAGCUGUUAUGCUGUUUCCUAGCUAGGAGCAGGCUUGUGGCAGCCUGAUUCGGGGCUGACCUUCUAAACCUAGAGGGUUGCUGGUCCUGCACAUGAGUGGAAAUACAUUCAUGGAGAAUCUUCCAUGAUGCUCAGUAUCUGCCGUUCUUCAGUCCUCUGUCUUUCUUUGUCAUUCAGUUCUAGGCCUUUCCUCUGCACGCUCAAUGCCCAGUAAAAUUUCAGGAUUAACUGCAGAAGAGGAAAAACAGAAGAAAAGGUUCUUCUUAAGUUUUUAAAAAUACUUUUCCUUCUGAAAUCUGAGCCCAUUUCUGGGAGAGAGAGAGAGAGAGAUAAAGAGAGAGAGAGAGAGAGAAAACAAAAAGAGCAAAUCAGAAAACCCAUAGGUUUUUGCUUUAAAACAAAAGAAGAAAGAGUUUUAAAAACAACAAAAAUCCACAAUUGAACUUUCAGGAAAGUGUGAAGACCCAAAACAGCUUUGUCUCCAAAGAAGAUAGCUCUGUGACCACUAUGGAUAGUCUCCUGCACAUCGUUUUUUUCAGGUGGGAGAUCUUGAACAGACAUGCAGGACUCUAGACUGUUGGGACAGCCAUUUUCCAACAAACAAGGGGCCAAAAUAUCUGCAAUAUAGUAACAGCCUUAAUAAUACAUGCAUUUUUCGUUUUCUACAGCUGUUCUCAGCUUUGUCCACAACGUUUCAUCACCUCCAUACUCAUAGCUGUUUUCAAACAGGACCUUUUGAUUGUUUUGAAAUGUUUCUGAACCCCCUCUUGCCUCCUGACCCAACACCAUUGUGAUGUUCCUGCCAGUUGUGUUAGGCCUUUGUCCCAGGCCUUCCAUUGGUCUGUCAGCAAUACUCAGCAGAAAGCAGAGCAAGAAGCGUGUGUCUCUGAAGUAAUUAAGUGAUGGUUAUUUUAUAAAGACACGGGACUCUGUGCAUACAUCGGUGUAACCCUUUGAGAACUAUCAGACCAGGCUACAGAGUCAGGUUGAUCAGUCUUGCAGUCUGAUCAUUGGUAGAACUGGCCAGCAGUGAAAGCCAUCACAGGUUCAAGAAGUUCAGAUUUGUAAAGCAUACCUUAAAUCCCAUGUAAAUCUUUAAUGACUGACAGCAACCCAUAAAUGGUUUUAUAACAAACAACAGUGAUGUGACUUGCCAAAAUUUUUCUGGCAAAUAAAAAGAGAUAUUUUGUUAACAGUAUCUUAUGAGAGUGAAAUUUUAUUUGGAUAAUUGGUUAGAACAACCUAAGCCUUUUCUCCUUCAGACAUACUGAAUUUUUUUAAUUUAAAAUCCAUUGCAUGAAAAUUCUAUUUGCCAUAAAAUAUGCAGUUAGCAUUGUGGGGUUAAAAAGGAAUUAAGACAAUGACUCUGAGUUUGCAUGAAUAUCUUCCAAUGCAUUACCAAUUGCAUGUCAGCCAUAGUUCUCAAAGGGUUGGUGUGGCUUCUGGCAUUUAGCCAUCCAUUUGAUCACUGACAGAGCCAAGAGACACCAAAGCAUUCCAUUGUUGAGUGUCAUUUGUCCUAACAGCAGUAUUGUCAUUUUCAUGUGACCUGCAGAGCAGGUUUGUAUCAAUAUUUUUUUCCUAGAGAAAAGUCAGCAACUGACAGACCUCUAUUGAUUUUAGGAGCUGCUUCUUGCAGUGAAAGGCUUUACAGCCACGGGGCUGUGAACUUAUUAGAGAUGGUCAGAAAGAAAGCACCCCACGAGUCAGACAACUGGCUUUGUGUGAAAGCCAGCUUUUGAGGGGAUUAGCUUUUGAAACAAUGAACAGCUUGCCUUGAAUUUGAUAUUGAUCUGUUGACUGUCAUUAACAACUUAAACAUUGUCUUCUGUGAAAAAUUUCCCUGAAGAGUCCUGUUCUGUGUCUUUGCCCUUUGACCUUUAACUUGCAAACUGGCACAAACUGAAGGAAAUCUGGUGUCACUUCUCCAAAACCUAGUAAGCAAGAGCUGUUUCCUUAGAGUAAAGAGAGAGUUUGGGUAUUGGAUCUGCAGGUGGACGCUUUGCUCUCUACAUGCACACUCUGAAUAUGCCCUAUAGGUAGAGGUAUUUUUUAAUUUUUUUCUUUAAUUUCAAGCUUAAUUUCAUCAUUUUAGUAAAAAUUACAAAAAAAAACAUAGGAAAAAAAAAACCUCAAAUACUUGAAUGGCCAGUGUGGCUUUUAUAUAAAGCAGGAAUUUUAUACUAGUGAAAAUUUCUUACUCAUUUGCUAAUAAUACACAUUUCCAGAUGAUUUUUAAUGAGUGUAGGUAUACAUUCUUAUUUGGAAAUGGAUAGUUUGGCUGCCUUGAAUUUAUAUUUAUACUCAACAUAGCAUGAAAAUUAGAAUGCCUUUUGGUUAAACUACAUGUUUAUGAUUUGGUUGGGGAAAAUAUUUUCUAAUCAUGGGUGGCAUGCUGAAAAGCCUUGAAAACUGGUGUUUCCUACAAUCUGAGCAUAUAUCAUGUAAGGCUAAGUCAAAAUGAACAGUUAGGAAAGAGGAAUGGCUUCAUAGCACCACAUUAUGAAAUGUAGAUUGUACUUCAACAGGACAUCAAAGAUUUGAAUGUGAGGGUCAAUAAGAAAGGGGAGGGCAAGGAUCAGCCCUGUAUUUCUACUUCAAGAACUUCCUUUCUAGGUGAUGCUAAUAUUAUAGUUAGUUCCUACAGAGCAUGGAGGACUGUAUACAUAAGCCUGUUUAUACAGUGUUUGCUUGUUAGAGGGUUUAAUCCUUUCAGGACCUUGAUGUCAAGGAAAAAAAUGACUGGAAACUCUUUUCUUCUAAUGAUAGAAGUGAGGAGCUGUAACAUUUUGGGACAUGUGCAAAUCAUUGAGAAACUCCAUCAAUGUACAUUGAACUUUUUUUCUCUCUAAAAUCAAAAAGAAUUUUAAUAAGCAAUCUAUUGCGUCUUAACUCAUUCAUCACAGUACAAGACUGUAAGUACCUAAGGGCUAGAAAAUAAUCAUAGCAUUGAAAAGGAAGGAAUCUUCAUUAUGCUUGAAUUAUGACAAACAUCAUGGAUAUGAUUUGGGUUGUGUUGCCUUGAAGAUGAGAAGUCUAUGUAUUAAAAAAAGGUUUAUAUGUCUACUAUCUUGCCUAAGACAUUUAGAAGAUCAUAAAUGAUAAGAACUAAGUACAAUGUAAUAAAAAUCACUGGGGUUCCUUUGUUCAUUGUGUGCCAGGCACUUCAUUCAUAUGGUUGCUGACUGUUCUUACACUUGGGAUUUGUUUAGAAAAGAAAAGAAAAGAAAAAUAUGGCAACGCUUAAGAAAGCAUGAAAAUGAAAAUGAUUAAUUAAUCUAGCAUAUGAAAAUAGCAAUUUAAAUUUAAGAAAGGAAGUUCUCUGGAUGAGGAACAUAAUGUCAGCUCAAUAUUAGUGAAGGCAUGGAACCAAUCAAGUUUUUCCUGUCAUCUCUAAAUAAGUAACAUGAAAAGCUCAGACCUACUAUUUCCAAAACUGAAAUGAAAACAUAUUCAUGUUCAUGAAAUAAUUCAUCUGUUUCAUUAUUUUUAUUACUUUACCAAAUAUUGAAGACAACUGUAAACAAGGUAAUGGUUUUACCUAAAAUGAACUUAUAGUUUAUAAUUUCAGAUAAAUAUUGUUUCUCUAUAUAUUAAUAAUCAGACUAAGUGAAAUAUUAAGAUGAGUGAUCAGUUUGAAUUUUCUAUAAAGCAGUAGUUCUGCAUCAGUUCUGUAGAAAAGUUGUGAUUUUAGGUACCUGAUAACCCAUCUGAGAACCAAGUUUUUUGCAGAGACGGCGACCACACCAGGUGAAGACAGACGUUCACUGGCAUGGCAGAGGUUACAGAGCUCAAUUAGAGAAUAAUAGGCACUACUGGCAAAUGCAGUUUCUGUUCCUAACCAGAGAGCAAUGCUUUUCUCAACCAAAUGUAACAAAGUACUAAGUAAUAAUCACCACAAGACAAUUACUAAGUAUUAAAAGAUAGAGACCGCUUUACUGAAAUAAGAAAAUGUUUGUUACUCGAGCUGCCUACAGUCUCUUUUAUCAACACACAGUUUGGCUUUUCAAAUACUGUACAUUUAUUUUUAUUUCAUUUCUGUGAAUGAUUACAAUGCAAUGUAGUGGAUAUAAGAGCAUUGCCUAGAUUCUACUGCUCAGUGUGAUAUCUGAAUGAGAGUGUAUAUACUGGAUCCUAGGAAGAGUAAUGUAAUAUUCUCAAGUUCUCCAUGUUGUGUUGAUAUCUCUAAUAUGGCACAAAUUCACAUUCUUGUUAUGUGGACCUUACAGUUGAGUAACUGGUGCACCCAUAUUAAUUGAACUCAAUGUGCUAUCUGAAGAAGAAUAGAUGUUAUACUUGAAUAGAAAUGUUAAACAAAAGUCAUGAAAAUAACCAACUUUUUAGAUAUUUGGUAUUUAUUUCCAGAAACAAAUAAAGGCAGUGACUUGAUGGUAGUUUUGAGUCUGUGAGAUUGUAGUAUAUAAUGAAAUAAGCCUGGGGAUGGUGAGGAAACAUUUACAGUAAUCACAGCAAAAUGUUUAAUUCUUGAGACCUUAGAGAGCAUAUUCCAAGAUAUCAUAGACACGACAUACCAUUUAAACCACAAGUGUGACAUUCAGAUGACCUAUGGCAAAGAGCCAUAAAUACAGUCUUCACUAAUCUAUGAUACCACAGAAGGGGUCAAGGAAUUCAUAGGGUAGAAUCUAGCCAUUCUUCCCAAAGGCAUUCACCUCCACGAUACUGAUGUAUAACAACCCCAGGAAACAAGUGCCAGAGUCUAAUGACAUGUGUCCUGUUGCCUGAGUGGGAAGUAUAGCUAUGUCGUAUAGUUGAAACAAGUCCUUUUUCAAGGCUAAACUUAGCAAAAUAAACUAACAACCAAGGAUAGUACCACACCAUUAAUAUGAAAGCUACAUUUUAUAAGCAGAAUGAGCAAUGGAGAAGGACAAAACCAAUCUUUUAUAAAAUAUAAAGUCAUACUCUAGCAAUCUAUAAUAUUACAACUGGAAGUUUUACUUUAGCAGGAACAAAAAUAAUAGAGAAAAAUGAAACUUCAAACUCUUCACACCAGUGAUGAGUAUGUUAUUUAUCAAUGUAUAUACUUAGUCAGUGCUCAUUAGAUGUGACCCAUGUAAAUGCAUCUGAUACUUAUCCAUUGCCUCAUAAACCCAAAAUGUUAAAAAUAUGCAUUCAGUAUCCCAGUCAGAGAGAUGUUAGAACCCUGUGAGAAAAGCCAUUUCUCUAGGAUAGAAGUUUACCUCAAUAAUCAUAGAACACAAAACACUUGGCAUAGUAGCAAAAGUUGCCUUAGUGUUCUAGUCUGAUCUAAUUGUAGACGUUGUCUAUAAUGCACCACUGACAUCAUUUAUCAUGUCUUUCUAUUGGUCUAAGUUUGAGUUGAUUUUUAAAUAUUUCAGGUAAGGUUAAUAACAUCUAAUUAUUUAUAUCUCCUUCAACAUGUCUACUCUGACAUAUAAGUCAAUAGUAUAGAAAGCCUAGAAUGAAUACUGACUUGACAUAAUCCCAGAAAUUCAGAGAAAAAUCACUGGUGAUAUUUCAAAAUUCCCAUCUAUUUCCUGGUAGGAUCCAGAAGUAGCAGCUUUCAGUGUUGGAACACGGCUAUGAACUGAUGACAAAACAGGACAUACAUCAUUUCUGUAAAAUAAUCUAGAUUUAUAGGAAGCAGUGAUAGAAGACUACGAGAAGUUUAGUGAUGUAACGAAGGCUUCACAGGCAUCAGUAGUGAAUGCUUUUUAAAGAAAAUGGGGCAAAAUCAGUACUUGUGAUCAGUACAUUGUAAGCAUAAGAAGCUAUAUAUGCAGGACAUUCAUAUAUGGAGAAAUCUGAGAUUCUAUGCCUUUCAACUGAAAAAGCAGUGUGUCUUGGAAUUUUUCUUAUAUUAACAUAACGAUAUUAUUCAGAUGUGUGCUCAACGUGUCCUUCCAUGAAAGGGCAUGCCAGGCUAUGCAGGAAAACAUAUCACAAGCUGGAAUGUUGUGCUGAUCACAUGACAUUGCCAUGUGCUCUGCUACAGAGCUGGAUAGUUAUGCCCUUAAGAAGGGAAGAAAAUAUCAAAUAUAAAUAUAACUCUUUCCUAUUCUGCCACUUAGCUUCAAAGUAAGAUAUCACUAACUUUUAUUUCACUGAGAAAAUGGAAAGAAAGAAUGGUAAGCAAGAAUAAAACAAACAAACAACAAAAUCCCAGCUGACAAAGACAUUUUCUACAGUUUCUUUCACCUGCUUUUGUUCAUGGAAAAAAUGUUUUUUCCAUAUAUAUGUAUAUGAGUUGCAUAUAGACUUCUUCCUAGCACUUGAUAUGUAGCUAGAUUGGAUCACAAGCAUAGUAUUUUUAACACAGGCCUUUGAUACAUGCCUCAUACAUUAUGUAGCUCUGAGGUAUGACAUGAAAGGAUGCUUUUCCCUAGGAUAGGCUGCAGUGCUGCUUGUACUUGCCAUAUUUGUAUGAAUGUGUGUUGCUAUGUUGGCCUGUCUUGCCAGGAUACCGAUGAAUAAAGCCUUGUGUAGACUGUCUAUUUGAAGUCACUAGAAUGCAUGUUUGCUCUCAUGUGAUACCUUUGGAUCUCAUUCCCUUUCUGUAUACCAAUAGGCCACUUGUUAGUAUAAAACUUACUUUGAAUGAAUGGUUUCAGUAGUAAUACAGGGGUUUUCUAAUAUAAUAAUUUUUACUACUCUGAAAUAACAUUAUCACCUCACUUCUUGCUCCUUGUGAAUUCCAUUUCCUAUGUAGGAAUUUAUGUUGGAUCAUCAUUUCCUUCUUAUAUAUGACAUGAAAUCCAUUAUUCCUUUCUAUACUCAUGAAUCCAAAUUCUCACAGUCAACCAAACAUGUAUUCUAAUCAAGAGUGAGUGAUCAUCAGCAUUUUCCACCCUGCUUCUGUGAUCGUUAUUUGAUUCCUUUCAGUCACC